AUGGCGAUCUCCCCUUUCAAGAUCAGUAUCCCCGACUCCGAGCUUGACCUUCUGAGCCGUAAGCUGGAACUCGCGCGUCUGCCCACCAACAUUGCGAACGAGCAAUGGGGCGAGGACAAUGGCGUAACCGUCAGCAAGGUCAGCGAGACAGUCAAGUUCUGGCGCGAAAACUAUAACUGGCGCAAAGAGGAGGCGCGUCUGAACGAGAUGCCUCAAUUCCGUACGCCCAUCGACGUUGAGGGUUUCGGAACGCUGGACAUUCAUUUCGUGCACUCCACCUCCCCUGCAAAGGACGCUAUUCCGCUGCUGUUCUUGCACGGUUGGCCUGGGUCGUUCUCCGAGAUCCAAAAGGCGCUGCCUCAGCUUCACAAAGCGGGCUUUCACGUGGUUUCUCCGUCGCUACCGGGCUAUGGCUUCUCGUCGUAUCCCGACAAGAAAGGUUUCAAGCAUGUCCACCACGCAGAGGUGAUGCACAAGGUCAUGAGCAGGUUGGGUUACAAACAGUAUGUUGUGCAGGGCGGCGACUGGGGCGCGUUUAUCACUCGCUGCUUGGCCAUCAUGUAUCCGCAGAGCGUGACGGCGAUACACAUGAACAUGAUCAUGAUGCCUAAGCCCGACUUUGACAAGGAGCCCGAAUAUACACCCUUCGAGAAAGCCAGCCUGGAGCGCAACGCCUGGUUCUCCCAAACACAGACCGCCUACCUGCAGCUGCAAGGCUCAAAGCCGCGCACCCUCGGAUUCGCCAUGCACGACUCCCCCGUCGGCAUGCUGGCCUGGAUGGCAGACAAGGUUUUUCUCUGGUCUGACGCCUAUCCGUGGACGCCCACAGAGCUGAUCACCUGGACUCUGCUGCACUACUUCCCCGGGCCCACCACCGGCUUCCAGAUGUACAAAGAGAAUGACCCAGACGAGAUGGCGGUGGCACUGCAGGGGAACACCUAUGUCAAGGUGCCGACGGGCGUCAGUGCGUUUCCGAAGGAGUUGGGGCUGAUGCCGAGGAGCUGGGCAGAAAAGCAGGCGAAUGUGGUAUUUUGGAGGGAGCAUUCGAGUGGAGGCCAUUUCGCGGCAUAUGAGAGACCGGGCGAGUUGGCAGGGGAUUUGAUUGACUUCUACAAGGAGGUGUGGAAGGCCUGA